AUUUAAUAUUUCCAAAUCGCCGCUCAUCUCUCCUUCUCCCUCUCCCUCUCUCUCUCUCUAAAAACCUUCUUCAAAGUUUUCGUUGCCCAUUUUGACAUCUCUCCCCUCCCUCUCUCUCUCUCUCUCUCUCUCUCUCUCUCUCCCCGUAGCUUUCUGCCCGGCUUAGGGUUUUCGUUUCUUUGCUUCGAAUUCAAAGAAGAGAGAGCUCGGAAGUGAAGUUUGUUGAUCGUCUGGUCUCUGAUGGUCUUCAUGACAAGUUGUAGACGAUAAGGAGCUCUAAUCUGGGAUGCAAUCACCUUAUUCUGAAGGAAUCCUCUGCUGGGAUAUAAUUCCCCAAUUCGUGCGCUUUUUAUGCAUUUGCAGCAGAUGGGUUGAAGGGUCUGAUUUUUAGUUAGGAAGAUGGCUAUUGCGGGUCUGCACAAUGUUCCAGUGCUUGAUUCUUCUUUCCUCAGAGAUUCUCAAUCUCCAGCAUCUAGGGGACAGGUUGACCAUGGGAUGUCAGGAACUCGGGCGUCCUCCAUCCUGCAAAUGUGGCGGGAGCUCGAGGAUGAACAUGCAGUGAGUCGUCAAGAGAGAAUCGGUGAAGGAUUGAUACAUGAAGCAAGUGAUAUUUUGACUAAUGAUCUCUCAAGUAUCAAUAGUUUUGAAAGUCACAUUGAAGAAGGUGAGAGUGAUGUGGCUGAGAAUGGGAAUGAGUCUGGAACAUGGUCUGACAGUCAAGCUGCGUCACAAAGUGAGACUUUGGAAAACAACAAUCUCAGCCCGGAGCAUUCUUCUGAUUUUGGAGAAUCCGAAAGAGAAAGAGUGAGGAAAAUAUUUCGUGAAUGGAUGAACAGUGGUGUUAGAGAGUGCGCAUCCAAUAUUUCUCACAUUACCGAUCAUCCAAGGGCACAAUGGCUUGGGGAAACUGAGCAGGAGAGGGUUAGAAUAAUAAGGGAGUGGGUACAGAUAAAUAGUCAGAGAGGUCCUUGUGGUGACAGCAGAGAAGAACAGGCCGCUGAAAUUGGUGCUCAAAUUGAACGAGCGCGUGAUGGCUUGCUUGUGAAUGAAAGUGAAGUCCGAGUUGACAAUGUCAGGCGAGGCAUUCGCAGGGUAUGUGGCAGGCAGGUUCUGCUUGACAUGUUGAAGAAAUCAGAGAUAGAAAGGCAAAGAGAGAUCCAGGGGUUACUGCAGCAGCAGCCGGUUUCGCAAUUUGCUCAUCGCAACCGCAUUCAGUCAUUGCUUAGGGGUAGAUUUUUGCAAAAUGGGAGGAGAGUGAAUGAAGGAACCAGUUCCCUGGCAGCUAGCGAACUAGGAUUAUUAAGGAAAAGACAGACGGUUUCUGGUCUCAGGGAAGGAUUUCUUUCCAGAUUGGACAACUCUGUCAGUGGUGAAGUGAGCACCGACUUUGAUAGCUCUUCUAGCAGUGAAAUCAAUGAUAAUCAGCACGGGCAUGGUGGCCCAAAUAAUUUGCCCCUGGUCGUGGAUGAUAAUCUUGAAGGAGCUGGGCCUUCUGAUGCUGAAAGAAACAGUCAUGAGUUGUCACAUGGUAGAGAUAAUUCAGGAUCCAUUAAUCAAGAAAUUGGAUCUGUGGAUGUUGCUGAAGAAGGGCAGGUUGAAGUGCUUGCAAAUGUGUCACAAGACAGGCAACAGCCAGUUGUUGCUCAAUUGACUGAUGUGGGUGGUGGUCAGGCAGAUAGUUACUUGCAUGAAAGUGGUGAUCGGUCACCCAAUGAAAUUGGGCAAAUCCCAAACUGUGCUUCUUCACAUCAGAUAGGUGGAUUAGAACGUACCAUUGGUGAUGAGGCUGGAUCCAUUGCUAACACUGAAGAAAGGCCAGAGGCAGGACUUGUAAAUGAGUUCAGGGAUAGUCAAAUGUCAGUCAUUGCUGGAUCAACUGAUAUGGUUUUUGGAGAGGUCAAUGAAAGUAGUGAUGGAUCAUCUACAGAUUUGCAGAUUGAAUCUGAAGAACCUACUCCUUUGGAUCAAGUAAGCGAAAUACUCUAUUGUCCUUCUGAGACGCUUAGAGGGGGAAACUCUGUCCAUACUUCAUUGGAACAGACAAGUUCUUUUGAUGAAAAUGCUGCUGAAAAUGUAAGAUGGCGAGUUUCAGCCGUCCAAGUUCAAGAUUGGCGAGAAAGCCGCUCGGGAAAUGAAGGGAGGGAUCUCCAUGAAGCAGGUGCCCAAUCUAAUGGACAAAUUGGCAGUGUUGGUGAGGUUUUUGAUGAAUCUAGUGAAUGGUUGCAAGACCAAGAUGCAAAUGAAGACAUGGAAGGUAGUCCUCAAAUGGAGUUUGGGGUUGGAAAUGGGAUGGAUAGUGUCCAAGAGGAUGGGCAGAGUUGGUCUGAAGGUCAUUCUGAGCGGGGAGAUGUUUCCAGUGGUAGAGUUGGCACAUUUUAUGUACCGGAUGAUGAUAAUGUGUAUAGCACAGAACUCAGGGAACUUGUGAGUAGGAGGAGUGUUUCUAAUCUUCUUCACAGUAGAUUUCGUGAGAGUCUUGACCAACUGAUACAAUCAUAUGUCGAAAGGCAAGGUCAAGCUUCUGCAGAUUGGGAGUUGCAUGGUACAUCUCCUACUCCUGCAACUGCAGAGGAGGAGUUGGAGCAGAUUAGUAGAGAAAAUGAUGCUCAGAUGGAUGCUGUUGAGAACCCCUCAUUUUCCCUACCACCAUUUCCACCGCCCUCAAUUCAGUCACGCUGGGAUGAGGACUUGCACCGUGAUGGUUGGCCACAGCAUGACAUUCAUCAAAAUCUGGGAGUUGAAUGGGACAUCAUUAAUGAUUUGAGGGUGGACAUGGCUCGGCUUCAGCAGCGGAUGAAUAAUAUGCAGAGGAUGCUUGAGGCUUGCAUGGACAUGCAACUCGAGUUGCAACGUUCAAUUAAGCAAGAAGUGUCAGCCGCACUAAAUCGCCCAGCUGGCUCUCAAGGUGCAUGUGAAGGCAGUCUCGUGGAUGACGAAUCUAGGUGGGAUUCUGUGAGAAAAGGAAUUUGCUGCAUAUGUCACAACAACAACAUUGAUUCUUUAUUGUACAGAUGCGGUCACAUGUGCACGUGCUCCAAAUGUGCGAAUGACUUAGUUCAGUGUCAGGGGAAGUGCCCAAUGUGCCGGGCACCCGUUGUUGAGGUUAUACGUGCUUAUUUUAUUUCAUAGCUGCAAGGCGAGGAAGGCAGAUAAUCACAUUACCGACAACGACAAUCCUUGCGCCCGCUCAAGACUCUCCUUCAGGUUUUCGAGAACCGAGGUUGAUGCUUGACAGACAGGUGAGGGCUGUGAUAGGCUGGGAGUUCAAUAAUGUCUUCUUUAGCUUCACACUUUAUCUCUAUCGAUGCCACUAACGGUUGGGUUCAGUACAGAGAGCCCCCAAAAAAAAAAAAAAAUUAUCAAAGAGAUUGGUUAUAGUCUGUAAGAAGGUGGAGUGUGCAAGCAUCGAUCCCCAAAUAAUCAUAGAAUUGAAUUUGCCCCUCACUCUUUGAAGCUAUUCUUUUGGACAUUAUUUGACUUUGUCACGAAACGAUGUAUUAUAUUUAACUUA